AUGGCUCAGGGAAACAAGUCCUUGACAAUUGAAUUCAUUCUCCUAGGAUUGACAGAUCACCUGUACCAGAAGAUCCUUCUGUUUAUUCUGUUCUCUGCCAUCUACCUCAUCACCAUGGUGGGGAACCUAGGUUUAGUGGCCUUGAUUUACAAGGAGCGUCGGCUUCACACACCAAUGUACAUCUUUCUGGGAAACCUAGCUCUGAUGGAUGCCUGCUGUUCCUGCGCUAUCACUCCCAAGAUGUUACAGAACUUCUUUUCUCAGGACAGAAGGAUUUCCCUCUAUGAGUGCAUGGCACAGUUUUAUUUUCUCUGUCUUGCUGAAACUGCAGACUGCUUUCUUCUGGCAGCAAUGGCCUAUGACCGCUAUGUGGCCAUAUGUAGCCCUCUGCAGUACCACAUCAUGAUGUCAAAGAAACUCUGUAUUCACAUGGCCAUUGGGACCUUCAUAGCAAGUAAUCUUCAUUCUAUGAUUCACGAUGGACUUCUACUAAGGUUAACUUUCUGCAAGUCUAAUCAAAUUGAUCACUUUUUUUGUGAUAUCCUUCCACUGUAUAGACUCUCCUGCACAAGUCUUUUUAUUAAUGAACUAAUGCUAUAUAUUUUUUCCAUGCCAAUUCAGAUAAUUACUAUUGCCACAGUCUUGAUUUCUUACUUCUGCAUUCUUUGUACAAUUUUCCAAAUGAAAUCUAAGGAAGGCAGAGGUAAAGCAUUCUCUACCUGUGCUUCUCACUUUCUCUCUGUCUCCAUAUUCUACAUUUGUCUUCUCAUGUAUAUGCGUCCAUUUGAAAAAGAUAAUAAAGAUAUACCAGUGGCAAUAUUUUAUACAAUAGUAAUUCCAUUAUUAAAUCCUUUUAUAUAUAGCCUGAGAAAUAAGGAAGUAAUAAAUGUUCUUAAAAAAUUAAUGAGGGCUUUUAAUUUUCUUAAAUAA